AUGCAGGCAGAGAUUAUUGACAUCGAUGCUGAUGACUCCGGGGUAACCGUUCAGGAACCUACCAAUAGUGAGAAACAAAGCGUCUUUAUUGAUCUCACUUUGGAUGAUGAACCGUCGGACGAUGGAAGUCGUGCAGGGUUAGCAACGCAUCCUGCUGAACGCGCACCGCUCAAGCGUGCAGGCUCGUCCGCCUCGCAAGCAGCUCCUCCAACGAAGCGUCGCAAAGAACAGGCGAUGGAAUCCGUAGCGUCACCCGCCCACAAACCGUCAUCAAAACGACCACAUUCAAAUGCCCCACACGAGCUUUCAGACAAGAGAGAUCUUGAUUAUUCGGACGAAGAGCCUCCAAUCAAGAGGUCGCGCCGCCAAGGGUGCCAUGUUGAGGUCAAUAGAUUCACGCUGGAACGAACGUCGUCCUCGCGCGUGAAAGAUGUCGUCAUGAUAGAGUACGAUGUCAGCACUGAAGAUGAAGAGGAGAAUUCAAGCUCUGUCGUGGCCGACUAUGCCAGCGCGGAUGACGCGAGUGAUUCCGAAAGAGAGUACGAAACAUUGUACGAUGCUCUUAAUCCAAAGAUAGAGAAGAACUGGUUGCCACCGAAACCACAUCUUUCUCCUCGUCCACUGAGGAAGAGAGACGAGGAUCUGCUCGCUUUGAAUUUAGCAGCGAUGACUGUAUCGCCUUCCUCCGACGAUCUGGUCAAAGAAAGGAAGAAGCAGGAUAAGGGUCAGGUUCACGGAUUCCGUCUGCCUCCCGACCUGCUGUCUCUGGAAAGAGGCAGGAACGCCUAUCGCGGCAAUUCAUUCGUUUGGACGGAGGCAAGCGAUUGUGUUGUUUGGCCGCUCAUAUGA